AUCAUCAGUUUGAUAGUUUUUUUUUUACACACGAUGCAAAAUUUAUUAUUUAUCAUUUAAUGUAACAUUGUGAUGUUUUAUCUUACAUUAAUGGACGUUAUUUCUGUGACUAAGGCACAUCCACAUGAGUAACAGAAGAAGUGUGUCUAGUUUCGCUUCUAUAUCGUGAAUCAGUUUAUCGUAGUGAAUUCGGCACUGAUAUUUUUUGUAAUAACACAGAAGCGCACAAUGAUUUGAAGCGCUCCAAUCAGCCCCUGCUGGUCAAAACUGUGUAAAUGCAACGAGAUUACUUCAUUUGCAAGGAGAACUUUUACAGACCUAUUGCUUUUUUUAUGUGUUCUGUUAUCUUUUUGUAGAUCUAUUUUAGAGUGUUGGCUAUUUAUUUAUUUCAUUUAAGACCAUUAAUUAGCACUCUGACUGACACCCAUUCCAGUGCACUGACUGCCAAACCAGGGAGCUAGAGCUUUACUGUGGAUUUAUAUUUCUUUCUUCUAAUUAUUCUUAAUACUUAAUUAUUAAUUAUUCAUCUUAAACAUGAUAGAGUGUCCAGAGAUGCAGAAAAAACUCCUGGUGAAGCAACUGAUGUCCAUGUGACGAAUAAAAAGAUGGCGUUUAUUAAGGAGGAGAGUGAAGACUUGAAGAUUGAAGAAACAUUCAGAGCGAAACAUGAAGAUACGAAGGAACAAACCGACCUGGUAGCGUUGAAAGAGGAGAGUGCAGUACUCAAUGAAAUGAAAGAGGAAGACCAUGAUUUCAUAACUGAAGAAAAAUCUUUUAGUUGCUCACAGUCUGAAAAUACUUCCUCACAAAAUAUAACUCAAAUGACAAGAACCCUUAAUUCCCACACAAGAGAAGCUUCUGGAGAGAAGCCUUUCAAAUGCCAGCAGUGCGAAAGGAGUUUCCAAUUAAAUAAAUACCUUAAGAAUCACAUGAGAACUCACGCCGAGGACAAGCCUUUCACAUGCUAUCAUUGUGGAAAGAGUUUUUGUCAUAAAGGUAGUCUCAAAACUCACAUGAGAAUUCACACUGGAGAGAAGCCUUACUCAUGCCCACUGUGCAGAAUGAAUUUCACAUAUAAACCAACCUUUAAUGCUCAUAUGAAAAGUCACACUGGAGAGAACCCUUUCACCUGCAAACUGUGUGGGAAGAGCUUCUCACAAAAGGGAAAUCUAAAGUAUCACAUGAGAGUUCACACUGGAGAAAAGCCUUUCAGGUGCCCUAAUUGUGGAAAGAGUUUCAGUUAUAAAGUAAGCCUCAAGUCUCACAUGAGAAUACACACUGGAGAGAAGCCUUACUCAUGCCCACUGUGCAGAAUGAAUUUUACGUACAAGGAGUCCUUUGAUAUCCACUUGAGAGUUCACACUGGAGAAAACCUUUACACCUGCAAACUGUGUGGGAAAAGCUUCUCACAAAAAGGAAAUCUUAAGUAUCACAUGAGAAUCCACACUGGUGAGAAGCCGUUCACAUGUGAUCAGUGUGGUAAGAGUUUCAGAUACAAAGUAUCCUUAAAUAAGCACACCAGGAUUCACUCAAGAGAGAACUGUCCUACAUGUCAUCAGUGUGGAAAGAGUUUCACUGACCAGAAAGACCUUAAGAAUCAUGUAUUAACUCACAUCGGGGAGAAGCCUUUCCUGUGCCACCACUGUGGAAAGAGUUUCACACGUAAAGGAAAUCUCAAGACUCACAUGAUAAUUCACACUGGAGAAAGGCCUUUCAUAUGCCAUCACUGUGGAAAAUGUUUCAGAUUUAAAAUAAAUCUUCAGACUCACUUGAGGCUUCACACCGGAGAGAGGCCUUACACAUGUCUUCAGCGUUAGAACCGUUUCACAAAUCAAAAAGACCUGAAAUGUCAUUUGCAAACUCAUUCUGGAAAGAAACAGCAGUGUUUAGAGUGUGGCAAGAUGUUUGGGAAAUGGAGCAGUUUCAAAAGUCAUCUGCGCAUUCACUCUGGCAAAAGGAGAUUUAAUUGUGAUAAGUGUAAUAAAACAUUUAUUUUCCCAUCACACUUACAGAUACAUAUGAAAAGUCAUGCAGAUGUGAGACUCUAUUUGUGUUAUUUGUGUGGAAAGCAUUUUAAGUGGUUUAGCAAGUUUAAAUUGCACCAGAAAGCAAGUAUCUGUGUGAAAUCAAGGCUACGUUUACGCCAGAGCUGAAUGUAGCCUAAUGCCAGAUAUGAUUUUGUUCGCAUGACCUUUUUAACUGUGGCCCAUAUCAGAAACCAACUUAACAGAUGACACUGCACCAUGUGUUUUAUUGUGUAUCCUUUACUUGUUUAAAUUUUGACUGGAGGUUUUUGUUGUGUCGUACAUAUGAACGCUUGUGGCCCCACCUGAUCAUUUCCUUUGCUGUAGUUUCAAACAUUUAACGGUUGUGUAGACAGCCUCUAAUUUUGGUUUUAUGAAGUAGUUUCUUUAAUAUUUGAUUCAGAAAAAUAUUAGAAAAACUGUGUAGAGCUGUGUAGUGCCACAGUUGCUAUGUUUACAUGCAACCCAGAUAAUAUGUUUAUAAUCAGAUCGAUGGCUCAGUCAGACUCUACUGGAAAGCCUUCAUUCAGUUCAAUUGAGUUUGACUCUGAUUAUUUAUUUAUAAAAAAAAAAAAAAAAAAGCAAAUUUUGCAUGCAUGCAGUAUAAACAAGCUUUUUUUAUUUAUUUGAAAUCAGAUUAGAUUAAUUUGGACUGAUGAAAAUUUGUUCAAUAAAUGUAAAUUUAUAAAUAAAUUGACAAACAAAAUGAAAUAAAAGACAUUGCCCUGUGUUAUUUGAGUUUAAUGAGGAAAUGCACAGAUUUAAUCAAUCUACACUGAGAUGGUAUGCACAUGACGUCACAAUGAGUAGAUGUCACAGCAGCUACAGCCACUAACCUGCAAAAAAGACAGUGGCAGAGUUAAGGUUGUUGCACACUGAGACCGAUUUUUUUUUUUACGAAAGUUUUUUUUCGUAUUUGUCAUUCUAAACAUUUUUCACGCAGAAACCUUGCAUACUGAGUCCGAUGCAUAUUAAUUAAUCCAUUGUGAAAGAAUUCGCAAAACAAUACAAAAUGGAGUCUUCAAGCGUUGAGGAUAAUUUUGAUGUCCUCUCGCUUCUUAAAAAGAGAAAAAGAAAGGAAAUUGGGUCCAUACAUUCCUGAGAUACAGAGAUGAAGGAGAGUUCCCCCUCCUUAUUAAGGAGCAGUGGGAUUAUCCCAGGUGAUUCAAAGUUUACUUCAGGAUGUCAGUGGAUCAGUUUGAUGCUUUGCUAGCGAUACUAGAGCCACAUAAUAAAAAGAAGACCACCAAUUUAUGUGAACUCAGUGUGCAAGGAUCAUCACAGUGCUUUGUGCUGCGAGACGAAGUGGAGCAACUUGACAAUCGCUAUUCUGGAUUUUGGUGUUUGUUUCAACGGUGGCUCUGAAUUGCCAAAACACCUCUUAAAAUGCUUGCUACAGAUGCGAAAAAUGCAGAAAACCGAACCUGAUCCAAAAAUGUUUUGACGGACGAAAGUUUCGGAGACAGUGCUUAAAUGUGAUUGACACAACAUGAGAUCAUAUUUAUUUUUCAACAUGCGAAAAGUCUGGACAGAAAUAAGUGUGCAAUGGCCUUUAGUGUUCAGCAUGAAUGCAGCAAAAACAAAUAGGAUGUUUCAGAUGUUGUUCAACUGACUGUACUAAUAGGAUCAACAGUAUGAGGGUGCUUUCACACCUGCCUCAUUUAGUUUGGAUGAAUCGCACUAGAGUUCGUUGUCCCUCUUGGCGCGGUUCGUUCGCAGAUGUGAAAGCAGCAAUCCCACUCGGGUGCACACCAAAACGGACCAAACAAGUGUACCAAGACCUCCUUGAAGAGGUGGUCUAAGCCUUAUUGCAAACUGACUCUGGAGUGGUUCCCUUAUGGCAAGAAAGCAAUCCAACCCAACGGACCAAAGAACCAAUUGGUAUUAUAAUUCAUAACGGGAAAUAUGGUAUAUAAAAACCAGCAGUCAGUGUCUGAUUCAGUGAGUGAGAAUACUUAUUGCAGUUGAAAACCAAAAAGCAUAUAUCAUAGAGCAUCAUAUUUAAACGUUGUUUAAUUAAUUGCUCUUCUCUGCGCAUUACAAGAAUGCUGUCUGGACGAAGCCUUGAUUCCCGCCGGCUGCAACUGCAGUACAUACAUUUAUUUUGUCACUAA